AUGGCGGCCGUCGAAGAAGAGGAGCAACGAUGGUCAGCUCUUGAGGUGUACUUCGAUUCGAAUAUAGAAGUAUAUGUGGAGAGUGCGGUAGCACUCAUUGGACGCGGUCGACUUCGCGAAGGCUCACAAGCCAUUGUUGCAAUCAAGAGCGCGUCUCUAGACCCUCGGAUAUCCCACCAACCACAUGACAUUGGCAAGGAGCUACGCCUCCUUAAGACGCUUUCAUGCGUGAAUGUGGUCGAGGUGUUGGGCUCCCUCUACGAGCAGCCCGCCAGGACGCUUCACUUCUGGAUGCCGCUCAUUCCUCACCAUCUGUCGGACAUCCUCAACUCCCCGAUGUUCUCCCCUCCCACAGACUUUAUAGUCGUCUUCAAGUCGCUUCUCUACCAGAUGCUAUCUGCCCUUGCGUACAUCCAUGCACACGGCGUCGCGCACCGCGACAUGAAACCGCGAAAUAUCCUCAUCACGGACGAAGGCCUCGUGAAGAUGAUAGAUUUCGGCGUGUCUUGGACAGAGGCGGUCGAUGAGCACGACCUCUGGCCCGAGCCUCGCGGGCACAUGUGCUUUGACGUCGCGACUGGGUACGGCGUUUCUGCCACUAUGUACCGAGGAGCUACUCUUUGGACCCGCGAUUACGAUGCGCAAGCAAUCGACCUGUGGGCGAUGGGAGUCCUUACCGCGCACUGCUUCACGCCCUUGCUACGAGUCCCCGAGGAAGAAGAUUCAGACACUGCAGAGAUGCCAGCGAAGUCGCCGUUCAUUAUCCCUAAGGGCUUCUCGCCUGGCCAAGAAGGUGUUGAAUGGACACGGGACGAGCUGUACGACGGUGAUCGAGGGCAAAUCGGACUCGCCUGGAGUAUCUUCAAGGUCCAUGGCACACCAAACGAGCAAUCCUGGCCAAGCUUUGGUGACCUUCCGGAUGGGCAGAAAGUCAAGUUCGUGGACGUCCCUCCUCCGGAUGCUCAUCAUUGUUUCGACCUGGUGUCGAAAUUAUUGGUAUACCCUCCCGAGUCUCGUCUCCGAGCCCAGGACGCGCUAGACCAUCCGCUGUGCACCCAAGGCCAUCGUCCACUCCUUCCUGUCGGUUAUCCUGCGGGCGGGCCAGAGUGUGAGGGGGAGAGAGCGGACGGCACUUAG